UUAAACCCCCCUUAAAAUAACGAGCUUUUCUAACACACACGGACAUUUCCCAAGUCACACUCACUGCCCGAAUUAAAAGUAAUUGGCAACACUCUCCCUCUCACAGGACAUAUGUGUGUAUUAGUUUUUCCACGUUCGUAUUCUCUUUUUCCUUUGCACUUUGUCAGUUAGUAUCCUCGUUGCCGUCGUCGUCAUCAAGCUUUGUUAAAAUUGGAAAGCGCGUGCAACAAACGUAAAAGAAAUUCGCAACAAAUCCUCAAGAAAAAUGAUGAAAAAAACUUAAAAUAUAAUCUAUCCUCUUAAUAAAAUGUGAUGUAAAAGAUAUAAGGAUACGUGGAGGAAUUAAAAUAUCCGGGAUUUCAAAUUUCAAAAUAGUGAAUGUGAAAUGAAAAAGAAAUAAAGAUAAUCCAAAUAACACGGAGCAUUUAAAAUUGCUAAUUUAAAAUAUGUGUGUUACGAAUUAAUCUCCGUGUUUUGGAACUGCUCCAAAGUGUGAUUGUGGAAAUUUAGAAAGUUAAAAAAAAAAAAAAGAAAACAACGCCCAACACAAGCCAAAAUAUGUCGGUGCAUAAUAUACCAGGUUUAUGUCCAGACUACUUGAAAAAUUCUUCCAAUAUUAAACCAACAUCACCACUGCUUCCCGAAUAACCAAUUUCAACUGCAAUUUGAACUUCCGCAAAGUAAUAAAACAAAAUUAUAAUGUCAUUUUUAUAUGCGGAAACCCAAAACAAAUAAGUAUGACAAACCAUAAACCGAGCAAAUACAUCUUCCUAUUGUCCUGAAACUGUGCCAAAACACAACAAAAACAAACAAAGAAAAAAAAGAAAACAAAAACCGCCAAAUUGAAAUAAUCCCAAAUUGUGCCAUCAACAAAAUAAAAUAAAAUUAGAAAAAAGAGUGGAUUACAAUGCUGAUGAUGAUUACGUGUUGUGAUAAAACCUAAGAGCAUGUGGAGUAGUACAGUUCAAGACCCAAUUGAAAUGAGUGUAAAAUCUAUAUAGAUAAAAAUAUCGUAAUACCCAUAAAACAAAGUCAGCGUUGCCAAUAACAAUUCAAAGAGAAAAAAAUCCAAGAAGUUAUGCAACAAUCAACUCGCCAUAACUGUUGUCGUCAAACCGCCACAUUGUGUUUGAAAGAGCAGAUCCUGAAAACACAAUCUACCGCCAACGCUGGUCCAGCCGUCGCAUUGAGAGCUGUUGGAAAAAUUGAAGAGUUCUUUUUGAUCCCAUACCGAGAACAUAUUGAAAAUCUUCUUCUCAAUGAAGAAUGAAGAAACAAAAUGUUCGCACGAUAUCUUUGAUCGUGUGCACAUUUACCUAUUUACUAGUUGGAGCUGCUGUAUUUGAUGCUCUCGAAUCGGAAACAGAAACUCUACGUUGUGAAGCACUUCAAGCUGUCGAAAAUAUGAUUAUCGAAAAAUACAAUAUAUCUGAGGAGGAUUUUAAGGUAAUGGAAACGGUUGUAUUAAAAUCUGAACCACACAAAGCCGGAAAACAGUGGAAGUUUACAGGUGCAUUCUACUAUGCGACCACAGUAUUGACCACAAUUGGUUACGGUCAUUCGACCCCAAGCACAAUUGGUGGCAAAUUAUUUACCAUGUGUUAUGCAAUUGUAGGCAUACCACUGGGUCUGGUUAUGUUUCAAAGUAUUGGAGAAAGAGUUAAUAGACUGAGCAGUUUUGUUAUACAAGCUGUGAGAAAAUCAUUGCAUUGCAAACGAACUGCCGCCUCUGAAGUAGAUUUAAUUUGCGUUGUUACAACGCUUAGCUCCCUAACGAUAGCUGGUGGUGCAGCGGCAUUUUCCAAAUUUGAAGGCUGGAGCUAUUUUGAUUCAGUAUAUUACUGUUUUAUUACUUUAACUACAAUAGGUUUUGGAGAUAUGGUAGCUUUACAAAAAGAUAAUGCUCUUAACACUAAACCCGAAUACGUUAUGUUUGCUUUAAUAUUCAUAUUGUUUGGUUUGGCCAUUGUGGCUGCUUCUUUAAAUCUUUUAGUCCUUAGAUUUGUUACUAUGAAUACGGAGGACGAACGCCGGGACGAGGCCCAAGCCAUGCAGGCUCUCCAGGGUUCAGUUAAGCUGGAAGGCGACGUAAUCACUGCAAAUGGUUCCAUACUGAGCGGUUAUGAAGGUCAUGACGGUCAAUCGUUCAGUGGUUCCAAUAUAUCAUCAAUGUGUUCAUGUCGGUGUGCAUGUUUUAGUGCAAAGCGGCAUAAAAGGCAUCAAAUGAAAGGUCGACGCUCUCCAUCAUCCCAUAUGCGACACCUGCUACCCGAAGUUGUUCCAAUGCAAGAUUUAGGCUAUGAUUCACAUAGUCUUAAUCAUCCUUUAGACGGCGUUGAUGUCGUCGAUACGAGUUCGUGUUCUCAGCCGCAAUUACUUAAAAGAAAUGUUUCUUUAUUAUCGUUUCAAUAUAAUAUUUAAUUUGCAUUUUUAUAUACGAAUCUAAUUAGCUCUAAGUUUUGCUAGUUUUUAUUGAAUGUAGAGUUUUAUUUAACAUAGUUUUCAUUAAUUUAGUAUUUUUUCUUAAUUUUCAAUAAUUAAUUAUGCCCCAACCCCCAAAAGGUUUAUUCCUAGCUAUUUAUUAAACAAAAGAAAAAGAAAUCCAAAAUGAAACUGUAUACAAGGGAACAAAACAAAAAAUAAAAUGAAAACAUUCGAUUACUAUUCUAAAACAAUUACAAAAUUACUUACUUUAUUUUCCAAGAUGGAAUAACUAAAAAACAAAAACAAAAAAAGGCCAUACUUAUGCUGAAUGUUCAACUGCUUUCUUUUUCUUAAUAGUCUUACAAAACUAAAGCAAUGUUGAAUUAAAAAUGUUAUAAUUUCAAAAAAACAAUACAUAUUUUUGUGGAUUUCUGUUAUUGUCAAAGAAAAUAAACCACUGCCAUUCCCUCUGAAAUAAAACACAUUCACACAAAUGAAAAACAAACAAACCCUUUCAAAUGUAUAUUAUCAUAAAAGUGAGAUAACACGGUGCUACUGCUAAAAAUCGGCUUUUCACUUCAAGGACAUUUUAAACUGCUAUUCGAUUCAUUUAUUUCACUUGAAUACAGUUUGUUAUAUUUAUUUAACCCAUUUCUAAGCCAAGUAUUUAUUACUUUAUUUUUUUUUCAAAAAUACCAUGAUUGAGUCCUCAACACCUAUUUAAACACUCAAUACCACAUUAAAUGUAUAAUUCCAAGAAAAAAAGCUCUGAAAAUUUAACAUCUCUUAGAAAUAUCAAAGAGAUAUGAUAACAACGGUCCCACAUUUAACUUCGAUUAUUCAAUUCCCAGAAUAGAACAGACUGGGCACAACAAGUAAGCAAAGGCUUAACGGGAUGGGUCUGCCAUGGUGAAUUUUGAAGUAAUCCUUUAAUAAAAUCCUUUUGAAAUAAUUAAGAAAAAACAUCUUUAUUAUUAAUGAACUUUGUACUUUUAGGUAUAUCCAUGGUAGAAGAAUACAGGUAGACGCGUCGACGCUUGGAAACAUAAUAAUUUAAAGUUUUUUUUUUAAAUUAGUAGAUUUUUAUAUGUUAUAUAUGGCUAGGCAUAUUAAUGUCAAAUUAUAAUGGAAAACGACGGCAAGAUUUUAGUGCGGCUCUGUAAUUCCUUUAUGAAAUAUCACAAAAUAUACCUAGCCAUGACUUCAAGCUUCUUUUGUACCUACACCAUUAGUUCUACCCAUGGCAUAAUUACAGAAGGCAGAACAAAACAACCCCCUAAAUACAAUUUUUUUCUUUUUGUGCUCUUAUUCUGUCAAAACAUACAAUUUUGUGAUAAAACUGUAUUGACCUACUAUUUUAGAUUCAAUCUUGUGAAAUAACCCCGGAAUUCCAUUAUUGUUUCGCAGGUUUUUCCAAAAAAAAAAAACAAUUUUGUUAAAAAACAUUAAAAGUAAACAAAGCCAACUGUUGCAUAUUUAAAAGUCUAUUUGACACUAUAAGACUCCAGCCCAGAGUUGCAUUUUUCUAGUUUCUUUGAAGUUGAGCAACCUCUCUUAUUGAGCCAUGGCUCUACCAUGCCAGUAAGUCUUAACCAGGUAAUUCUUUGGGAUAGUAAGAAAAAUAUUUCUCUUUGGCACAAAAAUGGGCAAAAAAAUUAAAAGGGCAAUAGGCGUGUACAAUCUCCCAACAAUUUGUACAAAUUAUUCAAAAUGCUUUUCGAUGACCCAAAGUCUAAUAUAUAUUUUUUUACUUUUGCGAACUGCACUUCAUUUUAUAAUGAACAAAUUGCAUUGUUUUGAUAAAUCAGCUGAUUGCUUGCAAGUUUUUGCCGGGAUUCCGUUUGUUUUCUUUUCAUUGUAGAAGAGCAUAAAACUACCUAAUAACGCAUUCAUACUUUUGAGGAUUAGCCCACUGGGUUUAAUAGAUCCAGUGGGUUAACAAAACUAAAUGAGUAUACGAAAACUUGCCAAAAAUUAUUUUUCGAAAAAGCUAACAUGAAGACAAUUGAUGCUGAAAAAUAAGUGCUUAUUCACAUUCUGUAUUAUCAUGACCAAUUACAAUUUUAUUUUUUUUUUUUGUUAUAGUUAGAAUGCAACAUGGCAGAAGAAUACAGGUAGAUGCAUCAACGCUUGGGAGUAUUGAUAUGCCAAAAAAAUUUAAAUGUUUUUUUUUUCAAAUAUAAGUAGAUUUUUAUAUGUUUUCUUAUCUACGUCAUUCGGAGGCUAUUAUAAUUCGCGUUUUUCAACAAUUUUUACAAAUUUAAAUAAUUUUUCAUUCAACAUUUUCGAUUCCAAAAUUGGUUUGACAGUUCAUUGUCCCAGCAGCUGUGUCGAUGCGUCUACCUAUAUUCUUCUAACAUGGAAUGCAAAAUUUAAACAAAGCCUUUGCAGAAACAUUUGCAUCUUUGGAGUGUACCAAAGUACUGCCGCUGUACCCAUUGAUGAUUUCUAUUAGUAUGUAGAUUCCACAUCGGAUUCAAAAUAGAUCCGAUCGUGAGAAGGUCUAUUUUUGUAUGGUAAAUCUGGUUAAAUAAAUCCGGUUUAAGUAAUAAAUCCUGAUAAUGUAGAUUCAUCCGAAUGAAAUUUUGUAUCUAAACGCGCUAUAAAAUUAUAAUUUUCUGUAUUCUACGAUACACACUGUUUUCACGAUCUAUUUAUAAAGAAUAUGGUGUUUGGAUUAUGCGUAUAUAUUAAGGAGUAAAUUGGUAGUUUUGACAGAUGAAUCAUGCCUAUAUUCCCCUAUAUCAUAUUGCCGUGUCAACUAAGAGCGCGUUUAGAUUACUAAAUCCAUGCGAUUUCAAAUGUCAAUUCUAUAGCGUAUACGUCAUGUAAAUUGUAAAUUUUAGCGAUUGCACCAUGGCAGAAGAAUACAGGUAGAUGCAUCAACGCUUGGGAGCAUUGAUAUGUCAAAAAAUUUUAAAUGUUUUUUCAAAUAUAAGUAGAUUUUUAUAUGUUUUCUUAUACUACGUCAUUCGGAGGCUAUUAUAAUUCGCGUUUUUCAACAAUUUUUACAAAUUUAAAUAAUUUUUCAUUCAACAUUUUCAAUUCCAAAAUUGGUUUGACAGUUCAUUGUCCCAGCAGCUGUGUCGACGCGUCUACCUAUAUUCUUCUACCAUGGUUUUGACAGAUGAAUCAUGCCUAUAUUCCCCUAUAUCAUAUUGCCGUGUGAACUAAGAGCGCGUUUAGAUUACUAAAUCCAUGCGAUUUCAAAUGUCAAUUCUAUAGCGUAUACGUCAUGUAAAUUGUAAAUUUUACUCAUUGCACCAUGGGUAUUCUUAAUUAACUGGUCAUAUGCUGAGGGUAAAUUGUUUAUUUUAAGUUAAAUUUAAGAAACAAAGUAUUAACCAACAAAAUAAAGAGCUUAAAGAGGAACGCAUAAUAAAAAUUAUGUGUUCAAUCCGAAAAGUGUCAAAAAUUUUUUGCAAAUGUAAUUUUAUUUUUAGAAAUUUGGAAACAAUAUUUAAAAUUGUUUUGCAUUUCCGAGACAAAACCCUUAUUUUACUUAAAGUUUAGCCAAAAAAAAAAUUGCCAAAUUUAUUUCAGACACAAACCGUUAAAAGAAACAGUUGCAUAGUGUAAUUAAAAUAGAAGAGCUUUGCACAAAACUUCCAUUAUUAAGUAGACAACCAGCAUUUAUAUAUUAAAAUAUAAAAAAAAACAUUCUUCCUACCAAAUUAAAAAACAGACAAAAAUGCCAUUAAAAACCCUAUCAAAAAUUCUGUUACUGUGAAAUCUUCCCCAAACAUACACAAAAAAAAACAAAGAA